AUGAAGAUCGCCGUUCUUGCCCUCCUUUUCUCCACUGUUGCCGCCUUCACCAGCGGUCCUCAAGCCACCAGACAAGCCACUGAGCUUGCCGCCGACCGUCGCGACUUCCUUUCUCAAGCCGCUGCUGUUGCCGGACUUGCUGCUUUCGCCCCAGCUGCCAACGCCGUUCGUGAUUACGAAGGUCUUGGAUACUUGGGAGGAGGCAAUGUUGUCGAUAUCAACAACGCCAACGUCCGUGUCUACUUGAAGAUGCCUGGUAUGUACCCCGCUGUUGCCGGAAAGAUUGUCACCAACGGACCAUACAAGAGUGUUGGUGAGGUUUACAGCAUCCCAGGACUUACCUCAGCCGAGAAGGACGUCAUCAAGAAGUACGAGAGCCGAUUCACCGCCCUUCCCCCCCAGGCUGAUUACGUCAUUGAUAUCUACAACAACGGACUUUACCGUUAA